AUGGCACAGGUUCCAGGGGAACUGGACAACAUGGAGGGCUUGCCUGCCCCCAACAACAACAACCCUGCAGCCCGCUGGGAGAGUCCAGAUAGAGGCUGGGACCGGGAGCCAAUGGCCACCUCCACAGCAGCCGCUUCACUCUUUGAGUGCUCUAGGAUCAAGGCCUUGGCAGAUGAACGGGAGGCCGUGCAGAAGAAAACCUUCACCAAGUGGGUGAACUCCCACCUCGCCCGCGUGGGCUGCCACAUCGGGGACCUCUACACCGACCUGCGGGACGGCUUCGUGCUCACCAGGCUCCUGGAAGUGCUGUCUGGGGAGCCGCUGCCGAGGCCCACGCGGGGCCGCAUGCGGAUCCACUCACUGGAGAACGUGGACAAGGCCCUGCAGUUCCUCAAGGAGCAGCGCGUGCACUUGGAAAACGUGGGAUCGCACGACAUCGUGGACGGGAACCACCGGCUGACGCUGGGGUUGGUCUGGACCAUCAUCCUGCGCUUCCAGAUUCAAGUCAUCAAAAUCGAGACGGAGGACAACAGAGAGACGCGCUCAGCCAAGGAUGCUCUGCUUCUAUGGUGCCAGAUGAAAACAGCUGGUUACCCAGAGGUGAACAUACAGAAUUUCACCACCAGCUGGCGGGAUGGCCUGGCCUUCAACGCCCUCAUCCAUCGGCACAGGCCCGAUCUUGUGGAUUUCGGCAAACUCACCAAGUCCAACGCCAACUACAACUUGCAGAGAGCCUUCCGCACAGCUGAGCAGCAUCUGGGGCUGGCACGUUUGCUGGACCCUGAAGAUGUGAACAUGGAAGCUCCGGAUGAGAAGUCAAUCAUCACAUAUGUGGUGUCUUUCUACCACUACUUCUCCAAGAUGAAGGCCCUGGCGGUAGAGGGCAAGCGGAUUGGGAAGGUCCUGGAUCAGGUGUUGGAGGUGGGAAAAAUCAUAGAGCGCUAUGAGGAGCUGGCAGCCGAAUUGCUGGCCUGGAUUCAUCGCACCAUAGGUCUUAUCAGCAACCAGAAGUUUGCCAACUCCCUGAGCGGGGUGCAGCAGCAGCUUCAGGCUUUCACGGCCUACUGCACACUGGAAAAGCCUGUCAAGUUUCAGGAGAAGGGGAAUUUGGAGGUGCUUCUCUUCAGCAUCCAGAGUAAAUUGCGUGCGUGCAACCGUCGCCUCUUUGUGCCUCGGGAGGGCUGUGGCAUCUGGGAUGUUGACAAGGCCUGGGGUCAGUUGGAGAAGGCAGAGCAUGAGCGGGAGGCUGCCUUACGGGCUGAGCUGAUCCGGCAGGAGAAGCUAGAACUGCUGGCCCAGAGGUUCGACCACAAGGUGGCCAUGAGAGAGAGCUGGCUGAAUGAGAACCAGCGUCUGGUCUCCCAGGACAACUUUGGGUACGAGCUGCCAGCCGUGGAAGCAGCCAUGAAGAAGCACGAGGCAAUCGAGGCAGACAUCGCAGCCUAUGAGGAGCGGGUGCAGGGAGUGGCCGAACUGGCUCAGGCAUUGGCCACCGAAGGCUAUUACGAUGCCCGGCGUGUGGCGGCUCAACGGGACAGUGUCUUACGCCAGUGGGCUCUGCUGACUGGGCUGGUGGGUGCCCGGCGGACUCGCCUGGAGCAGAACCUGGCUCUGCAAAAGGUCUUCCAGGAGAUGGUCUACAUGGUGGACUGGAUGGAGGAGAUGCAGGCUCAGCUACUGUCCCGGGAGUGUGGACAGCACCUGGUGGAGGCGGACGACCUGUUACAGAAGCACGGGCUGUUGGAGGGGGACAUCGCGGCCCAGAGCGAGCGGGUAGAGGCUCUCAACGCUGCGGCCCUGCGAUUCUCCCAGCUGCAGGGCUACCAGCCUUGCGACCCGCAGGUCAUCUGCAAUCGCGUGAACCACGUGCAUGGCUGCCUGGCGGAGCUGCAGGCGCAGGCGGCCCGACGGCGCGGGGAGCUGGAGGCGUCGCGGAGGCUGUGGGCGCUGCUGCAGGAGCUGGAGGAGGCGGAGAGCUGGGCCCGGGACAAGGAGCGGCUCCUGGAGGCGGCGGCGGGGGCCGCGGCGGGGCCGGCGGCGGGGGGGCGCGGCGGGGCCGGCGGCGGGGGCGCGCACGACCUGUCCAGCACCGCACGCCUGCUGGCCCAGCACAAGAUCCUGCAGGGCGAGCUGGGCGGGCGGCGGGCGCUGCUGCAGCAGGCCCUGCGGCGGGGCGAGGAGCUGGCGGCGGCCGGCGGCGGCCCCGAUCUGGGCUCCGGCGCCGACGCCGUGCAGCUGGCGGGUUUGGCGGAGCGCGCGGCGAGCGCCCGGCGCCGUUGGCAACGCCUGGAAGAGGCGGCGGCGCGGCGGGAGCGGCGGCUGCAGGAGGCGCGGGCCCUGCACCAGUUCGGAGCCGACCUGGACGGGCUCCUCGAUUGGCUUCGCGAUGCUUACCGUCUGGCAGCCGCCGGGGAUUUCGGCCACGACGAAGCGUCCAGCCGGCGCCUGGCGCGCCAGCACCGCGCGCUCACCGGGGAGGUGGAAGCGCACCGCGGGCCCGUGGGCAGCCUGCGCCGCCAGCUGGCGACGCUAGGGGGCGCGAGCGGCGCGGGGCCGCUGGUGGUGGCGCUGCAGGUGCGCGUGGUGGAGGCCGAGCAGCUGUUCGCCGAGGUGGCCGAGGUGGCGGCGCUGCGGCGCCAGUGGCUGCGGGACGCGCUUGCCGUGUACCGCAUGUUCGGCGAGGUGCACGCGUGCGAGCUGUGGAUCGGCGAGAAGGAGCAGUGGCUGCUCGCCAUGCGCGUGCCCGACUCCCUGGACGACGUCGAGGUGGUGCAGCACCGAUUCGAGAGCCUAGACCAGGAGAUGAAUAGUUUCAUGAGCCGCGUCCUGGAUGUGAACCACACGGUCCAAGAGCUCGUGGAAGGAGGUCACCCCAGUUCAGAUGAGGUGCGCUCUUGCCAGGACCACCUCAACAGCAGGUGGAACCGCAUUGUGGAGCUGGUGGAGCAGCGCAAAGAGGAGGUGAGCGCGGUGCUGCUGGUGGAGAACCACGUGCUGGAGGUGGCGGAGGUGCGCGCCCAGGUGCGGGAGAAGCGGCGGGCGGUGGAGAGCGCACCCCGGGCCGGCGGCGCCUUGCAGUGGCGCCUGAGUGGCCUAGAGGCGGCUUUGCAAGCGCUGGAGCCACGCCAGGCGGCCCUCCUGGAGGAGGCGUCCCUGCUGGCCGAGCGCUUCCCGGCGCAGGCGGCGCGGCUGCACCAGGGCGCCCAGGAGCUGGGGACCGAGUGGGGCGCCUUGGCGAGCUCGGCCCAAGCCUGCGGCGAGGCGGUGGCGGCGGCCGGGCGGCUGCAGCGUUUCCUGCACGACCUGGAUGCUUUCCUGGACUGGCUGGUGCGUGCCCAGGAGGCAGCGGGGGGCAGCGAGGGGCCCCUGCCCAGCAGCCUGGAAGAGGCCGAUGCGCUGCUGGCGCGCCACGCUGCCCUCAAGGAGGAAGUGGGUCAGCGCGAGGAGGAUUACGCGCGCAUCGUGGCGGCCAGCGAGGCGCUGUUGGCGGCCGAUGGCGCCGAGCUGGGCCCGGGCCUGGCUCUUGAUGAGUGGCUCCCACACCUGGAAAUUGGCUGGCACAAACUGCUCGGCUUGUGGGAGGCGCGCCGGGAGGCCCUGGUUCAGGCCCACGUCUAUCAGCUCUUCCUGCGUGACUUGUGCCAGGCGCUCGCUGUGCUGCGCAAUCAGGAGGUGGCGCUGUCCAGCGCAGAGCUCCCAGGCACGGUAGAGUCUGUAGAAGAAGCCAUAAAAAGACACAGGGAUUUUCUCACCACGAUGGAGCUGAACCAGCAAAAGAUGCAGGUGGCGGUGCAGGCUGCCGAGGGCCUGCUGCGGCAGGGCAACGUCUACGGGGAGCAGGCCCAGGACGCUGUGACCCGGCUGCUGGAGAAGAGCCAAGAAAACCAAUUAAGAGCCCAGCAGUGGAUGCAGAAGCUAUACGACCAGCUUGGACUGCAGCACUUCCUCCGAGACUGCCAUGAGCUGGAUGGCUGGAUCCACGAGAAAAUGCUGAUGGCGAGGGACGGCACACGUGAAGAUGGCCACAAGCUUCACAAGAGAUGGCUCCGGCACCAGGCAUUCAUGGCUGAGCUGGCUCAGAAUAAGGAGUGGCUGGAGAAGAUCGAGAGGGAAGGCCAGCAACUGAUUCAGGAAAAGCCGGAGCUGGCGGCUUCUGUGAGGAAGAAGCUGGGUGAGAUCCGGCAAUGCUGGGCCGAGCUGGAGAGCACCACCCAGGCCAAGGCCCGGCAGCUCUUUGAGGCCAGCAAAGCAGACCAACUUGUGCAGAGUUUCGCAGAGCUGGAUAAGAAACUUCUUCACAUGGAAAGUCAACUGCAGGAUGUGGAUCCUGGUGGGGACCUGGCCACUGUUAACAGCCAACUCAAGAAGCUGCAGUCCAUGCAAUCUCAGGUGGAAGAAUGGUACCGAGAGGUGGGAGAAUUGCAGGCGCAGACGGCUUCGCUGCCGCUGGAGCCGGCGAGCAAGGAGCUGGUGGGCGAGCGGCAGAACGCGGUGGGCGAGCGCCUGGUGCGGCUGCUGGAGCCGCUGCAGGAGCGCCGCCGCCUGCUGCUUGCCUCAAAGGAGCUUCACCAAGUGGCCCACGAUCUGGAUGAUGAGCUGGCUUGGGUUCAGGAACGGCUGCCUCUGGCCAUGCUGACUGAGCGAGGGGAUGGUUUGCAGGCUGUCCAGCAGCACAUCAAAAAGAACCAGAGCCUGCGUCGCGAGAUCCAGGCGCACGGGCCGCGUCUGGAGGAGGUGCUGGAGCGCGCAGGCGCCCUGGCCUCGCUGCGCAGCCCCGAGGCCGAGGCCGUGCGCCGGGGCCAGGAGCAACUGCAGAGCGCCUGGGGCGGGCUGCGGGAAGCGGCCGAGAGACGGCAGCAGUCGCUGGACGCCGCCUUCCAGGUGGAGCAGUACUACUUCGACGUGGCCGAGGUGGAGGCGUGGCUGGGUGAGCAGGAGCUGCUCAUGAUGAGUGAGGACAAGGGCAAGGAUGAACAGAGCACCCUGCAGCUGCUCAAGAAGCACCUGCAGCUGGAGCAGGGCGUGGAGAACUACGAGGAAAGCAUCGCGCAGCUUUCGCGCCAGUGCCGGGCGCUGCUGGAGAUGGGGCAUCCGGACAGUGAGCAGAUAAGCCGGCGUCAGUCUCAGGUGGAUCGUCUGUACGUGUCACUCAAGGAACUGGGCGAGGAGCGCAGGGUGAGCCUGGAGCAGCAAUACUGGCUGUACCAGCUCAGCCGUCAGGUGGAUGAGCUGGAGCAUUGGAUUGCAGAGAAGGAGGUAGUAGCUGGCUCACCUGAGCUUGGCCAGGACUUCGAGCAUGUCUCGGUGCUGCAGGAGAAAUUCUCAGAGUUCGCCAGUGAGACAGGCACAGCCGGCAGGGAGCGGCUGGCAGCCGUGAACCAGAUGGUGGAUGAGCUGAUCGAGUGCGGGCAUACGGCAGCAGCCACCAUGGCCGAGUGGAAAGAUGGGCUGAACGAGGCCUGGGCCGAGCUGCUGGAGCUCAUGGGCACGCGUGCCCAGCUGCUGGCUGCCUCCCGGGAGCUACACAAGUUCUUCAGCGAUGCCAGAGAGCUUCAAGGACAGAUCGAGGAGAAGCGCAGGCGGCUGCCCCGCCUGACCGCUCCGCCGGAGCCGAGACCCAGUGCCAGCUCCAUGCAGAGGACCCUGCGAGCCUUCGAGCACGACUUGCAGCUCCUCGUGUCUCAGGUACGGCAGCUGCAGGAGGGCGCAGCCCAGCUGCGCACCGUGUAUGCGGGCGAGCACGCAGAGGCCAUCGCCAGCCGGGAGCAGGAGGUGCUGCAGGGCUGGAAGGAGCUGCUGGCUGCCUGCGAGGAUGCCCGGCUGCACGUGAGCUCCACGGCCGACGCCCUGCGCUUCCACAGCCAGGCCCGGGACCUGCUGUCUUGGAUGGACGGCAUCGCCAGCCAGAUCGGAGCAGCUGACAAACCCAGAGAUGUGUCUUCUGUGGAGGUGCUUAUGAACUACCACCAGGGCCUGAAGACGGAGCUGGAAGCACGGGUGCCUGAGCUGACUGCCUGCCAGGAGCUGGGGCGCUCUCUCCUGCUCAACAAGAGUCCCAUGGCUGAUGAGAUCCAGGCUCAGCUAGACAAGCUGGGAAGUAGGAAGGAAGAAGUGUCGGACAAGUGGGACCGCCAUUGGGAGUGGCUUCAGCAGAUGCUGGAAGUGCACCAGUUUGCCCAGGAGGCGGUGGUGGCUGAUGCCUGGUUGACAGCUCAGGAGCCCCUCCUGCAGAGCCGGGAGCUGGGCAGCAGCGUGGACGAGGUGGAGCAGCUUAUCCGGCGACAUGAAGCCUUCCGCAAAGCAGCCGCAGCGUGGGAAGAGAGAUUCAGCUCUCUACGACGCCUGACCACGAUCGAGAAACUGAAGGCCGAACAGAGCAAGCAACCACCCACCCCUCUGCUGGGGCGCAAGUUCUUUGGGGAUCCCACGGAACUGGCAGCCAAAGCAGCCCCUCUGCUGCGACCAGGGGGCUACGACAGAGGCUUGGAGCCCCUGACCCGAAGGGCCUCGGACACGCUGUCGGCCGAGGUGCGGACCCGGGUGGGGUACGUGCGCCAAGAGCUCAAGCCCGAGCGCCUGCAGCCGCGCAUCGACCGGCUGCCCGAGGCCCCGGCCAGGGCGGAGCCCGUGUCCCCGCCGGCCGCGCCCUCGGACACGGUGGACGCGCCAGUGUCCCCCAUCACGGUGGUGGAGCAGGUCCGGCCUCGGCCCGAGCGCCAGGAAGCUGCAGAUCGCGCCCCCGAGGAGCUGCCCCGGAGGCGGCGGCCUGAGCGCCAAGAGUCGGCCGAUCAACCCGAGGAGACUUCCCGGAGGCGGCGGUCGGAGCGGCAGGAGUCUGUGGAGCACGAGACGGCGCACAGCCUGACGCUGGGCCGCUACGAGCAAAUGGAGAGGCGAAGAGAGCGGCGGGAGCGGCGGCUGGAGAGGCAGGAAUCCAGCGAACAGGAGACGCCCACCAGAGGAGAACUGGUCAAGGGGAAGGCCACCCUGGCUGACAUUGUGGAACAGCUGCAGGAGAAAGAGGCAGGCCCGGGGCUCCCAGCUGCAGUGCCAUCGCUGCCCCAGCCUCGCGAGCUUCCCCCGGGCCGCCUGCCUAAUGGGCUUGAGCCGCCCGAACGGACACCUCGGCCGGAUCGGCCGCGGGCUCGGGACCGGCCCAAGCCCCGACGGCGGCCGAGGCCCAGAGAGGGUGGCGAGGGCGGGGGAAGCAGGCGCUCACGCUCCGCCCCGGCCCAGGGAGGCUCCGCCCCCGCGCCUCCGCCCCCGCCCACUCACACGGUGCAGCACGAGGGCUUCCUGUUGCGCAAGCGCGAGCUGGACGCCAACCGCAAGUCAUCCAAUCGGUCGUGGGUGAGCCUCUACUGUGUGCUCAGCAAGGGGGAGCUAGGCUUUUACAAGGAUGCCAAAGGCCCAGCCUCAGGGGGCACGCAUGGUGGGGAGCCACUGCUCAGCCUGCACAAGGCCACCAGCGAGGUGGCUAAUGACUACAAGAAAAAGAAACACGUCUUCAAGCUCCAGACCCAAGAUGGCAGCGAGUAUUUGCUUCAGGCUAAGGAUGAGGAGGAGAUGAACGGUUGGCUGGAGGCUGUGGCGGCUUCGGUGGCCGAACAUGCAGAGAUUGCCCGUUGGGGCCAGACACUCCCUACCACAUCGUCUACAGAUGAGGGCAAUCCCAAGCGAGAAGCCGGGGAGCGCAGGGCCAGUGGGCGCCGGAAGUGAUCCCCAGCACCUGCCCCCAGGUUCUGACAAAUCUCCCUGGCCCUCCUCUCUUGCACUGUGGGCACAAAGACACUU